GUCCGCGUACUGGAUAGGUGCUCACCUGGAAGUGGGUCUACAGUUGAAUCGGAGCCUCGAAGGCGCGAAAGCCCUGCGGAAAGAGCUGAGCGCUUACAAGAUCUCAUCGACGAGCAGGCCACGAGGCUGUCGUAUCGGCUGUGGGUCUCCAAGAAACGCGGCUUGCUGAACUCAACGGAG